AUGGCUUCCACCAACCAAUUGGCUCAGACCCUCAAGGCCCUUCAUAAGCCUGGGUCUCCUCUCGUUUUAUCCAAUGUCUGGGACGUCGCCUCUCUAAAUGCCAUCGUUUCUUUGAACUCAGAGUCAUCUAAACCCGUCAAAGCACUAGCAACAGCAUCUUUCGCUAUUGCUGCUACACUGGGAAUUAAAGAUGAGGAGCUUUCUAUGGUGCAAAACCUCGAACUCAUCUCCAAGAUUGCUCCCCUCGCUGAGCAAGCAGGCCUUCCUCUUUCAGUGGAUAUUCAAGAUGGAUACGGCGACCUAAUCACAGCGGUUGUCACCGCAGUCGUUGAAUACGGAGCUACCGGUGCCAAUAUCGAGGAUAGCAUUCCUUCUGCCGGGUUUGACAAGGGCAUCUCAGGCUCCUUAUACACACUCGAGGAUCAAGUGGAACGACUCAAACGCGCUCUUGAUGCAGCCAAAAAAGCUGGUGCUCCGGAUUUUGUCCUCAAUGCUCGAUGCGACGCCUUCCGCCUCUUGCCAACUCCCGGUUUAACAUACGAGAUUAGACUCGCAGAAGCCAUUAGGCGCGGCAAAGCAUUUUUGGAGGCUGGGGCAACCACAGUUUUCUACUGGGGCGGUGCGGGCCAGGGUCUAACCAGUGAAACUGUCAAGACGUUGGUCAAGGAGUUGGACGGUAAAGUCGCGGUUGUCAUGUCUGGAGCACCUGGUUCCCUCACCACAGCUGAAUUGGCUGAAAUGGGCGUCGCGAGAAUCAGUGUAGGGCCCGGUCUUUAUCUCGCAGCCAUGAAUGCCGUGAAAACUGUGGCAUCGCAAAUGUUCUUGGGGGGUGGGCUGGCCUAG